CUCUUUAGCAGGAGUCAAAAAAGCUGACCGUUGACCCUUGAAAGAGAGGCGGUACUGCACCAAUAAUUAUGUACAAAGUGUUACAAAGGCAUGCCUCUACCGAAGAAGUUACUAGUAGGAGGCCAACAAGACUACCCCGGGGCUAAUGGAGACAUGGGCAAUGGCAGAAGAGGCAGUACAUCCUCUCUGGAGCCAAAGAAAGUGAUGGCAAACAGGUAUCAGAUGGAGGGAAAGUUGGGAUCCGGAGCUUUUGGCACGGCUUUUCUGGUACUAGAUCUCAAAUCAAACAACGAGAAAAAAGUUCUGAAGCAGAUCCCAGUGGCGGACAUGCAGCCUGACGAUACAGUGGACGCAGUGAGGGAAGCCAGACUACUGGCAAAGCUGGACCAUCCCUCAAUCGUAAAGUUCCAGGACAGUUUUAUGGAGAAGGAGUGUUUCUGCAUAGUCACAGAGAACUGUGAGGGAGGUGAUCUUGAUGCUAAGAUACAGCUGUGGAAGCAGGGAGGGAGGAGAUUUGAUGAGUCUCUCAUCAUCGACUGGUUCAUACAACUCACCACGGCCAUCAAGUACAUCCACGACCGCAGAGUACUGCACAGAGACCUCAAAGCAAGAAACAUCUUCCUCAAGAAUAAUCUGAUCAAACUGGGUGACUUUGGUAUCUCCCGAAUCCUCAUGGGAACGUCUGACCUGGCCACCACGUUCACAGGCACACCCUACUACAUGAGUCCGGAGGUACUCAAGCACGACGGCUACAAUGUCAAGUCGGAUAUCUGGUCACUGGGUUGUGUACUGUACGAACUGUGCACACUGGAGCAUGCCUUUCAGGGGCAGAACUUGAUGGCAGUGAUGUACAAGAUAGUGGAGGGGGAUCAACCACGGCUACCCGAUCACUUCAACACACAGCUGGCACACAUCUUUUCGAGGAUGUUGGACAAAGACCCCAACAGUAGACCGACGGCAGUUGAUGUUCUACAGGAGCCUUUCAUACAACAAUGCAUGGAGAAUCUUCGAGGGCGGAUGUCAAUGAAAGGUGGCUCCAUGACCAAACUGGCUGCUGAGGCAGACGCCAUCGCUAAAGCUCUGAGCCCUGUGAAGCUCAAGCAGCUGGUGACGGACGACUCACAGCUCACCCCCCGUCAGAGGAUGGAGCAGCGUAAGAAGAAGCGGGCAGAUGAGGAGGCUGAGAAGAGAAAGAGAGCUGCUGCUCAGAACUUCUCGGAGAUACAGCAGCGACGAGAGAGGGAGAGGAAGAAACAACACGUGCGAGUGAUUCCCCCCUGGGUGGAGGAACAUCCUGACGUCUUCAAUGACUCCAACUUCUCUAUCACUCAACCAGCCACGGAAUCGUCAAUGUACUUUGACCCUGUUCCCAUGGAGAUGUCUGUAGAACCAAUGGAAGAGAUCAUUGCAGAACCUCAAAGAAUGGCAUGGGGCAGUCCAAAGAGAGAGUUGCCACCUCAGCCCAGUGAUCCUCCAGCUGACAUGAGCAUUGAACACAAGGAUGAGGUACCUGAUGGGCAGAGAGUUGUGAUCAUGUCUCAGCCGUCAGAGGAGAUCCCGGAAGACCCCCUCCUGGCCGAGACCCACUACUCACAGUACGAGGACUUUGAGUCAUCAGAUGAUGAGUAUGAAGCAUUCCUGGAGUGUAUUGAGGAUGCCCUGAACCUCCCCAAUCACCCAUCUCCAGUUCCCGUGGUACCCCCGGAAGAUCCUCACGAGAGCGUCUCCCCGUUCACACCCUUGGCCAGGGAGAAGAAAAUACAGCUGCUCAGAUCAGAGUGCAUACACAUUUUUGGCGCUCAAGAUUUCCAUAAAUUGUAUGAGUGUUUGGUGAAGGCACGCUACACAGACAGGGUGGAAGAUGAACUAGUGAUCAUGGCUCAACUGAGAGAGAUUGUGCCCAAUAUCAGAGACUGUUUCCUUGUCGACCAAUUGGUGUUCCUUGAGAAACAAACUGAAUCACUCUAGUCAGUCUGUUUGGCUUCUAAUUUAUAUCUUUCACAUUAAUUUUUGUCUUUCUUCUUAUUGUUUUUUGCAAUUUCAUCCAAUAGAUUCGAUCAAGUGUAUAUA